UAAGCAUUUUGGCUAUUACAUCUUGAGUUCUUGUUUACUAUUUAUGGAGCUCAAUAAACAUUGAGCUCCACGAUAUUUUUUUCCAAAUCCGUCCCGUUUGAAGAGAUAAGAAAAUUCGAUGAUGUAGAAAAUAGAACAGGUGUAAUCAAUUUACCCAACGCAAUGGCGUUUCGAGGUUUAUCCCCUAGAUUUGGCAGAAAAUUUUUGGGAAUCAUCGCUUUGGCAAUUAUCUUCUACAACGAAUUCCUUGUCUACAAAAUUCAAUCAUUCUCAUGGAAAUCCAUCCCCUGCCAAAGCGGCAAUUGCACAAGGAUUCUACUUGUGGCUGACCCUCAACUUAUUGGCGAGACUUUUGACACGGCUUUUUAUAAUCCUAUUGCAAUCUAUGACUCUGACCGGUACUUAAAAAAGACAUUCAGGGAAGUUCUGGAUCACACCCGCCCACAAAUUAUUCCCUUUCUGGGUGAUCUCUUUGAUGAGGGCAGUGUGGCCACAAAUGACGAAUACUCAGCCUAUUUAAGGCGAUUUCACCAUAUUUUUCACACAGACUCCAGUAUUAUGAAAAUUUAUGUACCUGGUGACAAUGACAUUGGCGGUGAAAAUGGCGAGAUUGUGACUCCCACGAAAUUAAAUCGUUUCAGGAGCACUUUUCACACCAGACACACCUAUUCCCGCCACAAUUUACAUUUCUUCGAGGCCAAUCGUAUUACACGGGAAAUUCCGCAGCCAUCAACCCCACCUGAACCCCCAUAUAGUGCUCAGAAACGAUUCGUGGUUAGUCACAUGUCGCUACUCUUCUACAACGACGCCUUCCAGGAGCGUGUGCUGCACUAUGUGAAACCUCAUGUCAUUUUUACUGGACAUCUGCAUAGGUCGCUGUUUAUCAGGAAAUCCCUCAAAUUUACUGAAUUUACGAGGGCCCAUCCGCUUAAUGCCAAUGCUGAGCGUCACAUUGUAAAUUCUUUUGAUUUACGGGAAAGCCAUGAGACCUUCCUGGAGAUUAUGGUGCCAACGUGUAGCUAUCGUAUGGGAGAACGCAAUAUUGGUUUUGGAUAUGCUGUUGUUGAUGGAGAUGAUCUCCUCUAUACUGUUCUGUGGUCUGUGGAUAGAUUCUCACAGCUGUUUUUAUACCUCAUAUACCUCCUUAUAUGUUUUAUUCUUCUCACCAUGAAGCUAAUUUUUACAUGUUCAAUCUUUGCCACGAAAAAACUGCAGCGGCUCAGAAUAACUUAUACAAAAGUGUGAUUUUACCUCUCUCUUGAACAACGCUAUAUUUUACUUCUUUUUCCGAUAGACUGCUGUGGUGACACCAUGUUUUUGAAUAAAGCACGUCCUAAAGAACAAAAA